AUGCAACAUGUUCAAGCUAAAUCCACUCGCUUCAGAAGAGAUGUAGGAAUUAAUCAACCUAUUGAAAGUGUUAUUAAGGCUGUCAGCAAGUGUGAAAGUCCACCUGGACCAAACGGUUUACAGGGCGAAAGAGGCCUUCUGGGACAUUCAGGAAGGACUGGAAAUUCAGGUAUUCCUGGCCGUCCAGGCCAGAAUGGUCGUGGGGGCGAGCCUGGACCAACAGGAAAUCGUGGCGAAGCAGGAAGAAAUGGAGAACGAGGACCGGCCGGUGAAACACGAAUAGGUGGAAUAGGUACAAAAGGCCCUCAGGGUCCUCCAGGCCAAGAAGGCAUAAGAGGAUUAACUGGGCUGCCUGGACGCCCUUCGAAUAUUGCUGGACAGCCUGGGACACAAGGAAAGCAGGGCCCUAAGGGAAUGCCUGGAGAGAAAGGAAUGAAGGGAAAAGUUGGAGCACAAGGAGCUACUGGAACAGAUGGAAAUGCCGCUACACAGUUCCAAUGCCAAUACCUCUGCGUUGCCUCCAAAAAAGCUUUUGCCUCUCAUAUUUCUUCUGAAUACUCAUUUCCGUUAACAAUGAUGAGUUUGGAUGAUGGAAUAAUUGAGGAAAGAAAGAAUAGAACAGAGGAAGAGGAAAUUGCGCUAUAUGAUGAUUUGGGGGACAUAAAGAUGAGUAAUGGAAAUGAAACUGUGCAUGAAUGACUAAAUUAA